AUGUCGUCGGUCUCCAACGGCAGCAAUCCCUUCGCCUACAACCCAUGGACGGGGCUCAUCCAUGCCUACAACAUGCCGGUACCGCGCCCGCCGACUCACCAGGUGCACUUCACCGCGACACCGCCCUACGCCCCGGCCUUCACCGCCACGCCACCGUCCUACGCCCCGGACUACCACGCCGCGCCCGCACCUGGCUCUUACGCCGGUGGCGGCAACUGGUUUAUGGACACAGGCGCCUCGUCUCACAUGGCCGCUCACCCGGGUAACCUUUCCCAUUCCUUUCCCACUUCCACCGAGUCUCGCAUCAUUGUCGGUAACGGCGCCGGUCUUCCUAUUUCUCACAUUGGUUCUGCUAAUUUUCCAUCUACUUCUAAACCACUGUCUCUCAAUAAUGUCCUUGUGUCUCCCCAGCUUAUUCAGAAUUUAGUCUCUGUUAAAACUCUUUCUCGUGACAACUCUGUGACUGUUGAAUUUGAUGCUUUUGGUUUUUCUGUUAAGGACGCCCGCACCCGGAUGGUCCUCCAUCGAUGUGAGGGCCCCGACGAUUUGUAUCCGUCCGAUGUCGCCACCACUCUCACAGCCUUCUACGCCUAUGUUUCCACCCAGUUCGGUCGCCCCAUCCACGCCCUCCAAACUGACAACGGAAAAGAGUUUGACAAUGUCGCCGUCCGCACCCUACUCUCCUCUCACGGCACUAUUUUUCGUCUCACCUGUCCAUACACGUCCCAACAAAACGGCCGCGCCGAGCGUAUCCUCCACACCCUCAACGACUGUAGACAGGUGGUCGACACUCCUCCUUCGACUACUGAUGGUCCCCGGCGUCGACCCCUUGCAGGUCCGCCGGCUGCAGUGCCCUCGAGCUCGGACUCGGGCACUGCCUCGUCGUUCUCCGCCGUGCCCUUGAGCUCUGUCUCGGGCGCUGCCUCGCCACCCUCUGGGUCACCCUCGAGCCAUGUCUCGGGUGACCCCACGCCCACACCCGCGCCGACACCUGCGCCGACGCCUGCCUCGACGCCGCCUGCGUCGCCCUCGAGACUCAGCUCGGGCGCCGCGCCGUCUUCGCCGGGCGACGCCCCCUUCGCCGGGUUCAUCCGCCUCGACGCCGCUUGCGUCGCCCUCGAGCCUCAGCUCAGGCGCCGCAUCAUCCUCGUCGAGCGACGCCUCGCCUCCGGCUCCGCCGCCGGCCACGGGGCCCCUCACGCGCGCCCGUGCAGGGAUUCGCGUCCCGAGCACGCGGUACCCCUCGGACGAGUACGUCUGCACCGCGUCAACUUCCGCGCCUUCAGCAUCCACGCCAUCACCCCUGCCCGCCUCGCCCGGGCUGCUCUCCGCGACCCGCGAAUGGACGUCUCCAACGCCUUUCUUCAUGGCCAUCUCGAGGAGGAGGUCUUCUGCCAGCAGCCCACGGGAUUCAUCGACAGCGCCCACCCCGACCAUGUGUGCCUGCUCUCGCGCUCGUUAUACGGGCUCAAGCAGGCCCCACGCGCCUGGUACCAGCGCAUCGCAGCGUUUCUUCACCAACUCGGCUUCCGCUCCACCCGCUCCGAUGCCUCGCUGUUUGUGUACAACAAUGGUGCCACCACCACGUACCUGCUGCUCUACGUCGACGACAUCAUCUUGACGGCCAGCUCCACGGACCUCUGA